UAGACAUCUAUCGUUCUUCGAUAACAAGAAGGUUUAUUUAUUUUUGUUUUUCCCUAUAAAUAUUAUUUACUUCUGCAAAAGUUUUACUGCGGAAUAAAAUCAAAAGUUUAUUAUUAUUAAUCGUAUAUAAUGUUUAGGUGAUUGUUAAAUAAUCUCAUUUUGUAUCUGUGCCUAUAACUAAAUGAGAAUCCGAUGAGGUAAAUCUCAAUUGUUUAUGUUUGAUAAUUAACUUGAUUAUAAGAUUUACAGUUAGAGUAAAGAACCAAAAAAGUUUUAAAUAACUAAGUAUUGAGGCCGUAUCACAAAGAUGUCAUCCCUACGGUUAAGCCAAGAGCAGCGCGAUCAUUUGAGCCUGCUCCAAAGACCUGGCAGCGAUGUGGUGGAGCUGUGCAAGUCCGCCUUUGAUUACCUGUUAAAUGGACCCAAUCCCGACCGCUACGAAGCCCUGUCCAAGAAGUACUCGGACUCGGCAAGUGCAGAGACAGUACAGCAAACGGUUGAGGCGCUGAUUUCACUGCUUAUCAGUGUAACCACCCGGGUGGAAAGUAGUUCCGUCAACAUGCAGGCUUUACUGCGCCAGACAUUCCCUGAUCUCAGUGAUGAAGUGCUUGAGAUCCUCGAGCAGUUUGUCACUAGCAAGCGAAACUUUGUGGAGGGGUCAAUCAAGUCGGCCAACAUCCGUGCUUAUCGGUUGGUUAACUUAGAUUGGCGUCUGGAAGUGCGCACCGCCUCUCGAUCUCUGCUGGACCAGUGCCAAGUGUUUGUGACUAUGAAGUUAUACUUGCACACAGAACCGAAGAACGAAAACCGCGAGUUGCUGGCAGUAGACGUCUCCGGACGUAGCGAACAGGAGCUGCAGGCCAUGCAGGAGGAUGAGCGGCUUCAUCGGAAGGAUAUGAUAGUGCAGACGGAUGUCAGCAGUCUUUUAUACAUGAUCAAAACGUUAGAAGAUGCACUGGCCGAGUCCAAGACGAGGCGCAUUCGCAACAUUGUCGGUGGCACACACUGAUACUACUCCAGAACUCGUACACUUGUUAACGCUAAUUUAAUCUGGACCAAUUUAUUACAACUAAAGCUAACUAGAAAAA